AUGGGAAUCAAGACCUGGAUCCACAACACCAACCUGCGAGUUGCUCGCAGCCCAGUUGGAACAUGGUUCCGUCUGGAGGGAUGUGGUCAUCCUAGGGAGAGGAAGGGCAGCUACUUCUUCACGGAAAUCCGCGCCGGUCUCGCUACUUUCUUUGCUAUGGCAUACAUUAUCUCGGUCAACAGCAACAUCACCUCGUUGACCGGUGGAACCUGCGUAUGCCCGGAGGAGGACAUGCAGGAUUUCUGCAAAACCAAUGCUGAGUAUGCACUGUGUACACAAGAGAUCAAUCGUGAUAUUGUCACUGCUACCGCCGCCAUUGCCGCCCUAUCAACCUUCUGCAUGGGCUUGUUUGCAAAUCUGCCCAUUGCACUCGCGCCUGGAAUGGGAUUGAAUGCAUACUUCGCCUACACGGUCGUUGGACCCCGCGGUUCCGGCAUGGUUUCAUACUCGACUGCUCUGACCGCGGUAUUCGUUGAAGGCUGGGUAUUCCUCGGCUUAACGUUAAUUGGCAUGCGACAGUGGUUGGCACGUGCACUUCCCUCGUCCAUCAAGUUGGCUACUGGUUGCGGAAUCGGUCUUUAUCUUGCAUUGAUUGGUCUGACCUACAGUGCUGGUAUUGGAUUGGUGCAGGGUGGCGUUGAUACCCCCAUUGAGUUGGCGGGAUGUGCAUCGGACAUGAUGGACCCCGAUACGGGGCUGUGUAAGAGCAGCGAAAAGAUGCGCAGUGCUACCAUGUGGAUUGGUAUUUUCUGUGGCGGUAUUCUCACUGCUAUGCUGAUGAUGUAUCGCAUCAAGGGAGCUGUUAUCCUUGGAAUUUUGCUGGUUUCUAUCAUCUCCUGGCCGCGCACUACGCCUGUGACCUACUUUCCUUACACGGAGCUGGGCACAAGUAAGUUCGAUUUCUUCAAGCAAGUGGUCACUUUCCAUCCUAUCAAACACACUCUGCUUGCCCAAGAUUGGAAUCUCUCGGGCAAGGGUUCCGAGUUUGGAUUGGCGUUCAUCACAUUCUUGUAUGUCGAUAUCUUGGAUACCACAGGAACAAUGUACUCCAUGGCCCGUUUCGCAGGCGCAAUCGACGAGAAGACACAAGAUUUCGAAGGUAGCGCGAUCGCCUACAUGGUCGACGCGAUCUCCAUCUCGAUCGGCUCUCUCCUCGGAAGUCCCCCCGUGACAGCAUUCGUUGAGUCCGGCGCAGGUAUUUCCGAAGGCGGCAAGACCGGUCUGACAUCAUGCACCACCGGAAUAGCAUUCUUCAUUGCCGUAUUCUUCUCGCCUAUCUUCGCCUCAAUCCCACCCUGGGCAACAGGAUGCACGCUCGUGAUCGUGGGUGCAUUGAUGGCUAAGGCCGCGGCAGAAAUCAACUGGCGGUACUACGGCGAUGCCAUUCCCGCUUUCCUGACCAUCGCCAUCAUGCCUUUCACUUACAGUAUUGCCUACGGAUUGAUCGCCGGUAUUACUAGCUAUAUCACUUUGAACGGCGGUGCUUGGAUCAUCGAGAAAAUCAGUGGGGGUCGCAUUGUUCCUCCCAACAAGGACGAGUCUGAUCCUUGGUCCUGGAAACUGAAGGGUGGGUUCUUGCCACCGUGGGUUAACCGUGCUGCUCAUGGAAAGAGGGAUUUCUGGAAGCCUGAUGAAGAGUAUGCUGAAGAGCCGGCUGGUUCUCUCGCUUCGGAGGAGGAGCGUGUCGCUCUCGAGAAAGGACAUGAACCGACUGUCGCGCGCGCAGUGAAGUCUGCAUGA